AUGUCAAAUACUUCACUUGAAGGGAAACUUAAAGUAUUACAAGAACGCUUUGAAAAUGAAUUGCGUGUCCGAAGAGAGGAUGCAAUCCACAACCAAGGUGGUCUUGGAGCUGCCAGAGCUGGGGGCCAGACCCGGAGGCCUAGACCUCCACCCAUGUUCUCUACCAGAGACAUACCAGCAUUCCCCCCAAGGUCACCUCAGGCCACUGACACUGAACACAGGAUGCGCGAGGUUUAUAAGGUGAGUGGUAAGCUAAAUGUAGAAGGAGUGGAAUACAGAUCCAACAUAGAUGAACUACAACAACUAGGAGAAUUAGGCAGUGGCACUUGCGGACAUGUUGUCAAAAUGUUUCAUAAGUCUUCGGGAGCUGUUAUUGCAGUCAAGCAAAUGCGUCGCUCGGGCAACUCUGAAGAAACCAAAAGAAUUUUAAUGGACUUAGAUGUUGUAGUGAGAUCACAUGAUUGCCCAUAUAUUGUGAGGUGCCUUGGUUGUUUUGUUACUGAUGCUGAUGUCUGGAUAUGUAUGGAGUUGAUGGCUUCUUGCUUUGAUAAAUUGCUAAAGAGGCUUGGCGCACCAAUACCAGAAGCGAUUUUGGGAAAAGUUACUGUUGCUACUGUUAAUGCCUUAUCGUACCUGAAAGACACACACGGUGUGAUUCACCGAGACGUUAAGCCGAGCAAUAUUCUGUUGGACGAGCGUGGGAAUGUCAAGUUGUGUGAUUUUGGUAUCAGUGGACGACUCGUGGACUCCAAGGCGAAGACACGCAGCGCGGGAUGUGCGGCGUAUAUGGCUCCAGAAAGAAUAGACCCGCCAGACCCAACUAGACCAGACUACGAUAUUCGUGCUGACGUUUGGUCUUUGGGCAUAUCGCUGGUGGAACUCGCUACUGGAGUGUUUCCUUACCGGGACUGCCAGAAUGACUUCGAAGUACUCACCAGGGUAAUAGCAGACGAUCCACCAAAACUACCUGAAGGCAAUGAAUUUACACCAGAAUUCAAAUCAUUUGUGUCUCAGUGCCUAACAAAGAACUACAGACAGCGCCCGAAGUACGCGAAACUCCUGGAACACCCGUUCGUUGUGAAGUCAGCCAGAAGUUCCGUUUCAGUUGGAGAUUGGUAUUCCACAUUAUUUAUUUGUGGGUCAAGUAAGGCUGGAUCCAGUUUAUCGGUGAAUAAUGGUGAUGGGCCUGUGACCCCUCAACCUGUUAGGAAUUUUGUCACCAGCUCACAGCAUUGGAUGCCUGAACAAGUCACGCCAACGCCUGCAAGAGCGUGGUGGGCGAACAAUGCCAGUCCCGGGGGAAGUAGCUCACAGCCAACUAGCUUAGAGGCUGAACUCGCAAACCACUCACCGUACCCUAGGAGAAGAACAAUAGACGCAUGCGCGUCACCUCCACCUGCCCCCGUGAGGCGAGUGUCCACAGAUAAUAGAUGGAGAGCAUCGCCAACGAGUUCUGGCAACACUAGUCCCAUAGUUCUGCAAAGGUUUUAUCAUCAGAGUCAACAGCGGCGUUCGAGAGUGGACUUGCACGCCACUCCGAGGCAUAGAAGUGUUAGUCGUGAGCACAGCGCCGGAAGGUCUCCAGAACCCCCGCCAAGGACCUCCCGGCACACAAGGCCGCAUGUGAACGGCAGUAUGGAAUUAGAACCACCUCCCUUACACGAUAGAUUGCACCCACCGUCGCCCUUACUGCUUAACGAUAGGUUAUCAGAAGGACGAAGUCAGAGUUUAACGCGGGCUGAGCUGCGCAACGGGUUCCGCGCGGAAAUAGCUGCGCCUGCGCCUGCGCAUACGCACAAACAUCAUCACGAUGACCAAGGCUGGCUGCACUCGCUCGCCGGGCUGGUGAAGCGCCGGCUCAGCGGAUACGUCAAAUGGCAUCAUCUUGCAGCGAGGAGGGACAGACCGCACGCGCACCACACAGCUGCCACGCGAUGGGGAACGAGCGAAAGUUGGUCCGUUCCAGCGUCGCCGUUACCGCCCCGUGCGCCACCGCCAAGACCCGCGGACUAA